AUCUUCAGCUCUGCUUCAACUUUGACACGAAGAACUUCAAGAUCUUCUCUGGUUCCAAAGAAAAUCAGUUCGGGUACACAGUCCAGCAGCACGAGGCGGGAGGACGCCAGUGGUUGCUGGUUGGAGCUCCGUUCGAGUCCACAGGGAAGCAGCAGACUGGUGAUGUGUUCAGAUGUCCGCUGGAUGCCAGAAACUCUGCAAACUGCACCCGACUCCACCUAGGGAAACUUUCUCUGGACAACGUGUCUGAGAGGAAAGACAAGAUGAGGCUGGGAAUGACUCUGACCUCCAACCCGAAGGACAGCAGCUUCGUGACCUGUGGGCCGCUCUGGUCUCAUGAAUGUGGAAGUUCCCUGUACAGCACAGGAAUCUGUUCCAGAGUCAGCAGAAAUUUCAGACUGUCCCACACCAUCGCACCCGCCCUGCAGAGAUGUGAGACGUUCAUGGACAUCGUGAUCGUUCUGGAUGGUUCUAACUCGAUCUACCCGUGGUACGAGGUCCAGGACUUCCUCAUCAACAUCCUGCACAAGUUCUACAUCGGCCCAGGUCAGACGCAGGUGGGUGUGGUUCAGUACGGCUCCACGGUGGUCCACGAGUUCAGUCUGGGCGAGUACGAGACGGUGGAGGAGGUGGUGGAGGCCGCCAGGAGCAUCGACCAGCGGGGCGGCGAGGAGACGAGGACGGCGCUCGGCAUCAACGUGGGGCGGUCGGAGGCGUUCAAGCGUGGCGGACGGCCUGGUGCCCAGAAGGUGAUGAUCGUGAUCACAGACGGAGAAUCUCACGACAGUCCGCAGCUGCUGCAGGCCGUCACCGACAGCGAGAGAGACAACAUCACCAUGUACGCCAUCGCUGUUCUGGGUUAUUACAACCGCCGGGGAAUCAACCCCGAAGCCUUUCUGAAGGAGAUCAAGUUCAUCGCCAGCGACCCGGAUGAGAAGCACUUCUUCAACGUGACGGACGAGUCGGCGCUGAAGGACAUCGUGGACGCGCUGGGAGAGAGAAUAUUCUCUCUGGAAGGGACCAGCAGUCAGGGUCGAGGCUUUGGUCUGCAGAUGGCUCAGGCUGGUUUCUCCUCACAUUUAGUCAAAGACGGCAUUCUGCUCGGGGCGGUCGGCGCCUACGACUGGAACGGUGCCGUGCUGAAGGAGACUAAACAUGGAAAAGUCGUCCCACCAAAAUCCUCCUAUAAGGACGAGUUUCCAGAGGAGCUGAAGAACCACGGAGCCUAUCUGGGUUACUCGGUGGGUUCGCUCAUUUCGUCUCGCGGCUUUCAGCUCUACGUGGCUGGAGCUCCGAGGUUCAACCACACGGGCAAGGUCAUUGUCUUCACCCUGAAGAACACCGGAAACCUGACCAUCCUGCAGGCACUGCUGGGAGAGCAGAUUGGUUCGUAUUUCGGCAGUGAGUUGUUAUCAAUGGACGUAGACGGCGAUGGACAAACGGACGUCCUCCUGGUGGCGGCGCCCAUGUUCUACAGCCAGGGUUGGGAGAGAGGGAAGGUUUACCUCUACUCUGUUACCCCACAGACGUCAUUCGUCCUGCAGGGGGCGCUGGAGGUUACUGACCACUCCCAGAACUCCCGGCUGGGUUCGGCGCUGGCUCAGAUACCCGACAUGAACGGGGAUGGGUUCAGGGAGCUGGUGGUGGGAGCGCCGCUGGAGGACGACCACCAGGGGGCAGUCUAUGUCUUUUAUGGCCAAGACAAAACCAUCCAGCACCAGUUCAGACAGCGUCUGUCUGCAGCCGGGUUUUCUGCCGGUCUCCAGUAUUUCGGCCAAAGUAUUCACGGCGUUUUGGACGUCAAUGGAGACGGGCUCGUAGACCUAGCAGUGGGAGCGCUGGGAGCUGCUGUCAUCAUCUGGUCUCGUGGUGUGGUGCGGAUUCAGGCCAAGCUGACCUUUGAACCUGAGAAGGUCAACAUCUUUAACAAAGACUGUCGGCGAGGAGGGAAGGAAGUCACCUGCAUGUCUGUGACGGUCUGUCUGAGUCUGGACUCCAGGACGAAGACGAGGACGAAGAGCAGGACAGAUGUUGCUGCUUGGUACAGUCUGCUGCUGGAUGAGAGGCGUUUUCCUCCUCGAGCUGUUCUGGACGAAUCAGACCGACAGCAGCCCAGGACUCUGCUCCUGCAGGCUGGAGGGCAGAGCUGCCAGCACCUCGUCUUCUCCAUCCAGGAGACGACAGAUUAUGGACGUCCCAUCGCAGUUGUCCUGGAGACAGGCAUGCAGAGCCCCGACGAAGGGCCGGUGUUGGACCCGGACUGGCCGAGCAUCGUGAGGACCGAGCUUCCCUUCUGGAACGGCUGUGAGCAGGAAGAUAUCUGCGUUCCCGACCUCAUCCUCCACAGUCACACUGACCUCAUGGAUGUUCAGCAGUUCUGCAGCUCCAGGGACCGGGCCGCCUGGACACUCUGCAGCCAUCAGGGGGCGGUGUAUGUGGUGGAGAGCGGGCGGAGGAGGAUGGUGGUGUUUGCCCGACUAGAGAAUCAGGGAGAGAAUGCCUACGGAGCUGCCAUCCACAUCUCCACCUCCUCCAACCUCCUCUUCUCCAGCCUCAUCGUCAAGGACCAAUCAGAUAUUCAGAUUGAGUGUUACUCCGAGGACAGGCUGGCCAAUCAGAGGAGCUGUAACAUCAGCGCUCCCUUCAUGAAGUCCUUGUCCCAGGUAUCUUUCCGUCUGGAGUUUGAGUUCAGUCGUUCUGUCUUCCUGGAUCACGUACGUGUCGCCAUGGCGACCACAAGUGAGGGAGAAGACGGAUACCCAGACGACAACAUAAAUGACAUCUUCCUCCCUCUGAAGUACCAAACCGACCUCCUCUUCACCAGAGACCCCAACCCUCCUCGAUUUGAGAUCAAAGCAGACAGCUCUUCUUCCUCCUCCUCUUCAUCCUGGGACCAACCAGACAGCAGCUCUCCCACCUUCAACCUCACUUAUUAUAUCCAGAACCUGGGAAUCUUCUCCGUGCAGGACCUCCUGUUCAGGGCUGAUAUCUGGGCUGUGACCCGGCAGGGGAACCAGCUGAUGAACGUCACAGACUACAGCAUCGAGCAGCAGGUUGCUGGGUCUCACUGCACGUUGCCUCAACCCAGAACAACCAAUCAGGUCACAGCUGAGGACCUGUCUCACCUGUCACAGCUGAACCGCAGUACCAGCACCAGCGUGGCGGUCCAGUGCAGACUGAACCUGCCCGCCUCCAGAGAGCUGAAGGUGACGCUCAGAGGAAGACUGCAGCUUCCCGCUCUGCUCGCCGUGAGCUUCAGGUCUUUGGAGUUGCUGACUGCUGCCUCCAUCCAGCUGGAAGCGUCCAGUCCGAUGUUCCUCCAGGAGGACAGACCGGCCCGACAGAUAAUCCUGGAGCUGAGGAAGGAGGAGGAUUACAGCGUCCCCGUCUGGAUUAUACUCGGGAGCUCACUGGGAGGCCUGCUGCUACUGGCCUUACUGGUCCUGGCCCUGUGGAAGCUCGGCUUCUUCAACAGACGGAGGAGACAGGAGGAGGAGGAGCAGCCUGUAGCCAAUGGGAAGGCGGCAGAGGAGCUAUAAAGUGUGGACGACAGCGAUGCUGAGUUCAGUCGGUGCUCGUCAACUUAUAAAGUCACAACAUCAGAUCAGUAAAGGUUUGAAUCACUGACUUGUUACAGGCAGUUAAAGACACAAUGAGACCAUUAACUGUGGUCUCACUUCCUGAUGGUGACUUCAUGGGUUGAUCAGGAUCACCUGAAUGCAUCACGAGCCUCCACCUGUCACUCAGGGACCCUGAUGCCCCGCCCCCCAGCCAAUGGCUCAACCAGUUACAGUUACAGUGAGCCAAUCAGCCAAUCAAUCAGCCAAUUAAUCAAUCAAUCAGCCACGUGACCAUGUUCUAAGUAAGCAGAAAGUAAAAAAACUCAAUUACAUGUUAAAAUCUUACUUAAAGCUCCUCUAUGUAACGUUCAUUAAACUGCAGCUAACAGCGCCACCAGUGGCUGUUCAGUGAACUGCAGUCAGCGUC